AUGUCCCUCAGCAGAGCUCCGGCCCGGGACACCUCUGAGACCCCCAGCCCGAGAGAACGCAUCCGCAGCCACAUGAAGAUGGUGAUCGACCAGCUGGAAGGCAUUCUCAAGGAGCUCAAGGAUGUGGCCAAGGAACUCCGGGAGGUGGUGGGUCAAAUCGACAAAUUAACGUCUGACUUCGACUUUGACCUGGAGCCGGAUGAUUGGACGGUGGCCACAGCCAGCAGCACAUCCAGCAGUGAGCGGGGUUUGGGAGAAGCCUUCAGGCUGGACUUUCUCAACGCAGAUGUGCUCUCCGACAGCUGGGAGUUCUGCAGUUACCUGGAGGCCGCCGGCGCGGCCGCCCGCAGAUCCAGCGAACAGCCGGGCGAUCUACGACAGGACCUGGGUCAAGGAACUAUCCCGACCCAGACCCAGACCCCCACCCCGCCCCCCACCACUGCCUCGGUCUACUCCCAGAUGAAUGGCGGGCUUCCGAUCCCCAAUGGGCCACGCAUCAUUACUCCGGACUCCUCCAGUGAGGAGGCCAGCAGCUCCACGCACAGCCAAAAGACCUCGCGCACCUCUGGCACGCGGGAAAGAGUCCGCUUCAGCGACAAGAUUCUUUAUCACGCGUUGUGCUGCGACGACGAUGAAGAGGAGGAGCAGGAGGAGCUACGGGAGGACAAGAGCGGUUGUGCCACACCAGACAGCGACACAGAGCCGGGUCUCCUGGGCAGCUCAGUCGCUCCCAAGCGUUCUUCCUCUGAGCACUCGCUCCUAUAUAACUGUCUGGACCCUUCCUAUGGCUCCUCGCCGGUGAAGGCGAUGACGGGAGCCCACACGCUACCCAGGAAAGGUCUCUUAAAUCCCGGCUGCCGCAAAAAACUCUUAAGAAAUAGCAGCACACAAACUGUCUCUGACAAGAGCACUCAAACUGUACUGCCCUAUAUUCCAACCAAACAGAAAGCAAAGGACCACUGAGGAAGCAGGCAAAUCUCAUGAAGAGAACUGUGCAUUAUUUAAUAUUAAAUACAUAGCUCAUAGAUUAAUACACAAAUAAAUAAAUUACUAAAUAAAUAAAUGAUAUAUGGGAAAUCACUUGACUACCCAAACUCAUUCUGUGGCUCAGGGAACACAAACAGAAAUCAUUUAAAAUACAAUGUAAAGUCUAAAGAAGUCUAUCCAUACUCAGGUUAAAACUAUAAUGAAGGGACCCACGGUGGGGGAAAUUAUUAUUUUUGAUCUAUUGCUGAAUUUGGUUUUCAAUUUAGUGAAAUACGAAUUUGGUCCUGAAGCAAAACAUGACUUAAUACUUGGUGGUGAUUCUUAAGUAGCACUGUGUUAUUGGUGACCAGAUUCACAGACAUUUCAGGAGGGUUUUUUGUCUACGCCACUUAAAAUACUCUACAAAUCCUGAAAGUUUUGAGGCUUUUAUCUUGACAACUCAAAGUGUCUGUUCCUUCAAAAUUUCACGCUGUCAUUUCUAAAGGGAUUAACAUCUAAACUCUGGUUGGAUCUUAAAUUUUUCUGUAGAACUUUAAUGUGUUGCUUCUCAUGCUGCAUUCAGGUUACGAAGGAAGUGGGAACUCUGAGCUGGGUUUGAAGUCAGACCUAAGGUACCAGCAUUCUGGUUGAGAAGUCGGAAUUUCAACAUGGCCGCAAACAUUGCUUGCAAUAGGUCUUGCAAACAUUGUUUCAUUUGCUUUACUUUCCAUAAGCAAACAUCACUUUUCGUUUUUCAGAUUAGAGUUACAGGUGUUACAUGUAACAUUGGUUUUAGACACACUUUUGCAUGUGUGUCUCGUAAAAUAAACAGGUUUCCACAGAUUCUUACUCCAGUUAAUGUGAGCAGCGGCCAUAUUGAAACACGAAGUCCGCCUAACAAGUCGUAACUGAGGACAGUCAAAAUUAUUCCUAUGUUUCCCAGUGGGGAAUCCAACUUCAGAGGGCAUUCCCAUAAAUUUUUCUGGACUAAAACUGGAACUCACCAUUAAGCCACUCCCAUGUGUUUUCUACCCCACGUUGUGAGAUCUUGCAUGGAGCUCUAAAGUUGGGCCAACCUACUUUUAUUUUGCAUCUCUUCUGUUUUAAAGUUGUUGGACCAGCAGGGUCCUCUUUUUCACCAAGCUUCUUGCCAAUGAAUGUGGGAAAUCCACAAGACAUCGUUUGACUGCUCUUUGGUCUGGACCAUGACGGUGGAAAGUGUUCAAUAGAAGUGGUGGAUUGUAUGCAGUAUUGGAUGUAGUUUUAACACAGUACGAGUCCAAACCAUUAAUUUCUUGGUAAGGAGAUAAACUGACAAAUUCAGCAGAAGAUCAAAUAAUUCUUUACCCCACUACAUUAAGCUGAAGAGAGAUAUCUCAAAAAUCUUUCCCCCUUGUCACACAAUUGAAGGAGUCACAAGGAGAGAAAAAAAAAAGCAAAGGUUUGUCUAUCAUGUGUAAACAAAACGCCACUCAUUCUGUACCCUAAAUCUGUAUAAACAUUGGCUUUUUUCAUGUUCUGGUAAUUUCAAAUGUCAGGAGGAUUAUUGCUUCCAGGAGGGAAAUGUCUCUAGAUGCAUGUGUCAAGGCGCUUCCUCCUCUCUUUGAUGUCAACAAACGACUCUGAGCGUAGAGUCAGAAAAACAACACCAUUUACCUUCGGUUUCAUAAACCAUCUCAUUGUGAUCGCUCCUUGGUCUGCCGUGGAGCCUGAAACGUAUGAGUGACAGGCAGCAAAACAGAUACACAGGCACUUCGGAAGUAGCGCUCCACAAAAGUGACAUUUCAAUUUUUGUCCUUCGAUGUGCCUGCUAGCGGCGACACUCGAUGUAGAAGCGGAGCUAAAUAGCAAUUGGGUGGAUGAGGGGUUUUGGUGGUGGGGUGCGGGGGGAACAAGCGCUAAAGGUUUUGUCUCUUCAUUCAGUGGCCCAGCGGGGAAUUGAACUUGGUAGAGCAGCAUUUUAUUCACAGGGCCAGCGCCAAUAGCCGUUCCUGAUCAAUAUGUUAGAGGGAGGUUGCAGUGAGAGGUCUCUUUGCUGAGCGUGCAAGCCACUCUCCUGGGAUCUGUGAACAAAAACUCACAGUCAGAUCUAUUUACUUACACUGAGCAGAACAAAAAUUAGAAUUGUAGCCCUAAAGAACUGACAUUUCAAAAAGUGUGGGUCCAGGAGCGGGAGCCGGUGGCUGAAGAAAAGAGUGUUCUCGCUCAAUGAUUUCUCUUUACUUUAUUAUUUUUUUCCCCCCGAUUUUUUUAUUUAUUUGCUUUCCCCACACACCGAUGUUCUACCCUGGGAAACAGUUUUGUGAGUGUGGUCCUCACACCCCUGUGUUUUCAGUAUUGAAAAGAAAAGUAAAAUGUUGAAAUCUU